CACGAUCGCAUGUACGUCAACGUCAUCCGCGAUAAUCCGUAAUCAUUUUCAUUUUUUCGUGGAGGAGGAUGAUUGCGGUGGUCUCUCUGUAUUUGUUAUAAAAUUCGGUCAAAAGUGGUGCUGUGAGUGAAAUAGUGACUGUGUUAUUUACUCUGUUUUGCAGCGGAGUCUGUCACCGCAACCAUGUUUAGCUGGCUAAAGAAGGAAGGUGAAAAAUCCGAAAGUAUCGAAAAUGUCGUGGAGGGUCUCAAAAGGAUUUACAAAACGAAACUUUUACCGCUGGAACAGCACUAUCAGUUUCAUGACUUCCACUCACCGCAGCUAGAAGAGCCAGAUUUCGAUGCAAAGCCCAUGAUAUUGCUCGUCGGGCAAUAUUCGACUGGUAAAACUACGUUUAUCAAAUAUCUUUUGGAGCGAGACUUUCCGGGCAUUCGUAUCGGACCGGAGCCGACAACAGAUAGGUUUAUAGCGGUGAUGUACGAUGAAAAAGAGGGCGUAAUACCUGGUAACGCACUCGUCGUCGACCCCAAAAAACAGUUCCGGCCGCUCAGCAAGUUUGGAAAUGCAUUUUUAAAUAGAUUCCAAUGUUCCACGGUCAGUUCUCCCGUGCUUCGCGGCAUUUCUAUCGUAGACACCCCCGGCAUUCUGUCUGGCGAGAAACAGCGUGUAGACCGAGGCUAUGACUUCACAGGAGUCUUGGAAUGGUUUGCAGAACGUGUCGACCGCAUUAUCCUUUUGUUUGACGCCCACAAAUUAGAUAUAUCAGACGAAUUCAGACGCAGUAUUGAAGCACUGAGGGGGCACGACGAUAAAAUCCGCAUUGUACUAAACAAGGCUGACAUGAUUGACCACCAACAGCUCAUGCGAGUGUAUGGUGCUCUCAUGUGGUCACUAGGUAAAGUGCUUCAAACGCCUGAGGUAGCUCGCGUUUACAUUGGUUCAUUCUGGGACCAACCUCUCCGAUACGAUGUUAACAGAAGGUUAUUUGAAGAUGAAGAGCAGGAUCUCUUCAGAGACAUGCAAUCAUUACCUAGGAACGCUGCUUUACGUAAACUGAAUGACCUAAUCAAAAGAGCACGAUUGGCGAAGGUUCACGCUUAUAUUGUCAGUGAAUUGAGGAAAGAAAUGCCUUCAAUGUUCGGCAAAGACGGUAAAAAGAAGGAAUUGAUUAAAAAUCUGGGUCAGGUGUAUGAUAGAAUCCAAAGAGAACAACAGAUAUCUCCCGGCGACUUCCCCGAUAUUAAGAAGAUGCAGGAGACGUUAGCAAAUCACGAUUUCACGAAGUUCCACCCGUUGAAACCGAAGCUUCUCGAGGUCGUAGAUCAUAUGCUGGCGACGGAUAUUGCACGCCUGAUGGACAUGAUCCCGCAAGAAGACGUCAACAUUGUAUCGGAACCGCUGAUUAAGGGUGGUGCCUUCGAAGGCGUAGAAGACCAAGUCUCGCCCUUCGGCUACGGCAGGGGCGAAGGCGUCGACGCCGGCCACGGCGACCCCGAGUGGAUCUGCAGCAAAGAGAAGCCCCGAUACGACCAAAUCUUCCAAUCCCUGGACCCCAUCGACGGAAAAGUCACUGGAGCUGCGGCGAAGACAGAGAUGGUGAAAUCGAAACUGCCCAACUCCGUGCUCGGAAAGAUCUGGAAACUUUCCGAUAUCGACAAGGAUGGUUUCCUCGACGAUGACGAGUUCGCACUCGCUAUGCACCUCAUCCGAGUCAAGAUCGACGGGCACGACCUCCCUUCAGAAUUGCCCCCACAUCUCGUGCCCCCUUCGAAACGCAACUAAAUAUUUGUUGUGUUCCAGACGAAGACAGCGCACCAGAGCCGUCUAUGAGGGCAGUCGAACAAGACACAGAAAAACAAAAGAAAGUAAGAGGACGCAAUUUGUGUUGUAUGUAGCAUUCGUUCUUCGGUGUCGAUGUCGACUGCUCUCUUAAAUGUGCUUUGGAUAUUUACAGUGAGCUUGGUCUAUGCAGACUUGGGUCUAUAUUUUGAAUUGAUCAAAAUGUUUUGUGAUUUCGUCAGUUAAAAUGUACUGGAUGCUUUGCCACACUGGUCUCUGAAGCCGCAAUGUAUUUCUAAAUUGUAAGUACACAAAUUGUAUGUUUGAAAUAUGUUAUUAAUACGUCAGUGUUUCAGGAAUGUUUAAUAUUAAAUGUAUUGAGUAGACAGGCAGCUAGAAUUACCAAAUUGAUAAAUUAUAAUGUAAUGCCUACCACAGUUAACAAUAUCAAUAAUUCUUUGACGCAUUUUAAUUCUGUAAUUAUGUUUGUUCAAAGCUUUAGCUUGUUUGUUACACCUACAAAUGUAUGUCAGCGUAUUAUAAACUGAAGCAACCCAUGUUAUUACAAUAAGCAUCAACAUUAUUAUAAAUGUAAUCUAUGUAAUUAGAUAAGACUAUAUUCAAAAUAUCAUCAUAAAAGUUAUGGGGUGCUUGCUGUAAAGGACGGUAUACACUUUAGGGUAAAAUCUUAGACAUAAAAGUAUGGUAUAAUUUUGCCCCACACGUGUAUAUCGUUCCUAACUCAGUUUAAAAUGUGCGCGCUUCAAAAUCUUCAAAUUAUCGGUAACCCAUUUUGUCCAUUUCGGCUGUGAUUCGUCUAUGCAAAUAUUUUCACUACAACUAACUUAACGCUCUCAUAAAUAUUAAUCUGCAAUUUGUGUGGCACAGGGCGUGAGUGGGCUUGGAAACAAUACAAUAUUAGAAAUCUAGGAAAUUCUACUUUUCGACAUGUCAACAUGUUUUUGAAUGAGGGCAACACUGUAUUGCUUUGUCUGACUCAAGUUACAUUAUCUUGAGCACUUCUUAAACGCACUGCAAAUGUUCUAAAAGUCAUAAUAAUAAUUCAAUGUUAUUUACUAUUGGUUUAUCAAUGUAUUCGUCUGGUGACCUAGUACUCAAGGUUUUGUUAAGAGCCAUUUAAUUGUAUUGGAAUAUUAUAUUCUAGAUUGAUUGUUGUAGCUUUAUAACUACUACUUAAUUUAUUUGGAUUUUUAAGUAAGUAUGGUGCUCUGUGGUUUUAAAAAAUCAAGAAUAUCUUAUGAAUGCAAAAAUGUUUAUUUAUUUAACAGUCAGAGCGACUGCAUUUUCAUAUUAUUUACUAAAGUUAUGGUGUUUUGAUUCAUAAUUUUCCUUUUAAUUUUUAAGUUACAGUGUUUCUAUUGAGUUGUUCCUUUAUUUAGAAAUAUUGCUGUGUCUAGAUAAUAAAAAUUAUUUUCGUCAAUUUAUAUUGAAAUGUUGAUUGUAAUGUUGCAUGUCUGUCAAUAUUACUUCAAAUAAUUUUAUGAUAAUUUAAUUACAUACUUUCAAAUUAUAAUAAAGAUCAUAAUAAUUUAUUAUUGUUUAACGUAAAAUUAAAUAUUAUUUUAUUUUCUAUAUUGAAAGUAUACUAAUAAUGUAUGCAAAAUUUACACGGCCGGUCAAGUUAUGUUACAGAUUAUUAAUUUAAGUUUCAAUAUGCUUUAUAUUCAUUAUUAUUUUGAUUUAUUGGAGCUGCAUUUACGACUUGAUAGUUCAGUGCCUUUACUAUAUCGAGUAGGGGUAAAUAAUUUUGAGCUUUUACACUUUUGACUUUCCACGGCUUUGUCUUGGGCAAGUGUUCUAUUCAAUAUUGCCAGAUGUACGUUACAUUUAAGGGUCAACUUUGUGGCAACCCUGAGACAAAAAGGGCGUGGUCACGGGAUGUCACACCCCUUACGCAUCGUGCGUAAACUCAAAAAUGUUCAGUUUAUAAUGCGAAACUAAAUAAAGAACUAAAAUCAAUGGCAGAUACCAGCAAUGAAAAUACCAUUAAGACUAUUUUCACUAUUCCAUGAUUGUAGUUCCUGUCACCGUAAACCUCGCGUAUUUAUGCAGUCGGAAGAGAAAUUGCGUUUUCUCUAGGUACCUACAUGUUUUCAGUUAAUUUGAUUACUUGUAUCUGCUAUCGUAUAGUUUCAUCAUUGACCUGACCAGUCUUGUUUGUCGCACUAAGUAUGUACUAAUGAUAAUUGACUAAAAAUAGCUCACUAAUGACUAGAACACGAGUCUAUAAACAAAUCAACAUAAUUAAUAAACACUUAAUCGAAUACUAACAUCUAUUUCGUGGGCGAGUUUAAUGUAAAUACAGAUUUUUAUAUGCGUUAGAUUUUUGAUUGUAUUUUAUGCACCUCGCUUGGUGUAGACAUGUAGGUAGGCGUAAAUUUUUGAUAAGUAUUCAUUUGGUAAUGGUAACACCGGGCGGGGUGUAUUCGUGUUUUUACAUUUUGCUACUGUGUGUACAUAAAGAUAUGUAAAUGUAUUGAUUAUAAAUUAUAAAUAGAGUGUAAUAAAUAGUUAAGAAAGCAGCGUU